CUCCCAACACCCAAUCCAGUUCAGCCGCAUUCCAUAUGACUCUCGUUUUUUGCCCGUUCAAGUUGCUGCACUCGCAAUAAUUUGACAUUUAAAUAAUGCCGAGUGUACAUAUUAUUAUUAUACAGCUGAAGUUCUAUCUUAUCAACAUUACGAAUCUCGUGUGAAACGUUGUACGAGGGUGAUGUGUGUGACUAUUAAAGCAAACGCUGAUCAUUUGGCACAAUUUUAAUGCAAUGAAGCAUUUUUUAAAUGGGUGAUUAAGCUCGUUAAUUUGACAGACUGGACAUUUUUUUAAACUAGCUGACCUGGAGAAGCUAAUUCAAAUAUUAUAAAUUUUGAGUACUGUGAAUUCUAUUGGUUUGACACAAUAAAAUAAAUAUAGAUGUGUACGUAUCUGCGAAAGAGAAAUAAAUCCUUUUAAUUUGCACGUAUGUACGUGUGUAUGGUUAAAAGAGGAGGAGGGCGUAUAGUAGAAUAAAAUAACAAGACAUUUUACAGUGAAGUGUUUUUCUGGAGAAAGUAGCAGAGUUGUUGCGGUCACUGGACAAUCGGUGAAACAGAGUACGAGAUGACGGACGACGACCAGGGGGGUGAUCCCUACUUGCCAAGGGUCGUCAAAAUCUACAAGAGCGAGACCGGAUUUGGAUUCAAUGUCAGGGGUCAAGUCAGUGAGGGUGGACAGCUACGGAGCAUUAAUGGGGAAUUAUACGCACCCCUUCAACACGUCUCAGCUGUGCUUGAGGGUGGUGCUGCCGAGAAGGCUGGGAUACAAAAAGGGGACCGAAUUAUUGAAGUAAAUGGGGUAAACGUCGAGGGGUCAACUCAUCGACAAGUUGUCGACCUAAUCAAAUCUGGAGGUGAUUGCUUAACUCUAACAGUAAUAUCUGUGUCACCACAGGAGGCUGAAAGACUGGAACCGUUAGGGGAAGAAAGUUCCUCCUUCCCUGCAUAUGACUACAGCGAGAAAAGAUCUUUACCAAUUUCCAUUCCUGACUACCAAUACCGUUACAAUGAGAAAACGGGGGAACGAUUUGUCGUCUACAACAUUUACAUGGCAGGAAGACAUCUUUGUUCUCGAAGAUAUAAAGAUCAUAGCCUUCUAGAUGCUAAUCUAAAGAAGGAAUAUGUGGGGUUUAACUUUCCUAAAUUGCCAUCAAAAUGGUUGUUGAGAUUAAACGACCAACAACUCGAUACCAGACGACGAGGAUUAGAGCAAUAUUUGGAAAAAGUUUGUGCUGUUAGAGUGAUUGCAGAAAGUGAUAUCGUGCAAGAAUUCCUUACAGACGAUGAAUCUGGUUCAACAUCCAAAAUAGAUUUAAAGAUACUUUUACCCGAUAGACAAAUCGUAUCGGUAAACGUACCAAAAAACGCAAAUGCAGAGGAAGUUUAUCGCGUCCUUACUAGCAAAAUUAGUGUGAGCUCUGAAGCCGCAAAAUAUUUUUACCUCUUUGAAAUCGUCGAAUACAAUUUCGAACGAAAAUUGGCUCCAAAUGAAUUUCCUCAUAAUCUCUACAUUCAAAACUACAGCACCGCCACCUCGACUUGCAUAUCUCUUCGAAAAUGGCUAUUUAACAUUAGUAAAGAAAUAAGUUUGACAAAAGAUGACCAAGCAACGACCUUUUUCUUUUGGCAGGCAGUUGAUGAAGUAAACAGAGGGCAAAUAAAAUCUGCCGAUCGAUUAUAUCAACUGAAAGCAUUGCAAGAUUCUUCGAGAAAGCACGAGUACCUGAAACUUGCUCGCGAACUGGGUGGAUACGGCAACAUAGUUUUCCCUCACUGUCCAUGUGACUCUAGAAAAGAAGGUCAUGUUAUUGCCUCCAUAUCUGCAGAAAGUUUUGAAUUACAAGCCUGUAAAGAAGAUGGGACAUUGGAGUCACAAAUUAUUCCUUUCACAUGGGAGUCAAUCAUUCAAUGGGAUAUUGAUGACGAAGGCAUGGCAUUUGCAUUCCAAUAUGAGCGACCAGACAAAGCUCCAAGAUGGGUCAAAAUAUUUACGACAUAUUUUCACUUUAUGAACGACUGCUUUGAACGAAUCAAGGAAGAAUCAAUUCAUAACAAACGAAAUGAUAGCCAUGAAGAGGACGACGACGACGACGAUGAUGAUGACGAUGAUGAAGAUGAUGAAGACGUUGAUGAAAAUGGAGAAACUGAAUCUGGAACUUGCUGAGAAAUUUCAAAAGUUAUGAUGAAGCGAGCGACGAAUCAUCGCAUUUUAAAGACUUGGGUUUACAAUGCAAACGCAGCUGUUUAUCCUCAAUACAACGCAGAAGAAUGUUGACUCAUACUCGAUUUUAGUUUGAAACGCUUUACAAUGUAAUAAUAUACAUAUAUAAUUAUAAAUAUGACUAUUAAUAUGCACGUCAAGAUCAAAUUAUGUUCAAUUAUUCAUGAUUAAGUUGCUGCGAACAUAUGACACGGUAAAAAUGCCAAAUUUGUUAUUUAUCUAUUUCAAGUUUAUUCUGUUCUAUGCAAUAUCGAGAUGUUAUAAUUGUUAUGCAAUUUAGCAUUGUACAUCCAACUGCUGUGGGUCUGAUGAACAAUUCUUAUACAUAUAUCACUGUAAUCGUUUAGGGUAUGUAAAUCUUUUAAAACUACUUUCAAUCUUUUUUUAAUCCAGUGAAAUGUCCAAAUCCAAUUAACUCUUGGGUGUGUAAUUCAAGAGGAUUUUUUUGUACUUUUAGGUUUUACUGUAUGUUUAAAAUCAUAUACGAUUUAAAUCUAAAAAUACUUUGUAUUGAUGUUGCUUUAUAUUAGAGAUAUAAUACCAAAGUAAAUUUUUAAUUGGCAUCUACUGCCGUUUCCACUUAUGUACUUUAUCUUGGUUGACACAACCAAUGACAAAAUUUCUUUAUUGCACGACGCUUACUGGAAUUUUAUCCCAAACCCACCACAUUGACACUUAUAUUCAUGUAUUGUACUAUCUGUUUUAUGUAGAACAAGUAUAUGUAGAAAAUGUAUGUUCGUUCCUCCGUUCCAUAAAAGAAAGCUUUUCGGAACAUCUCACUCAUGUAUCGAAUUAAAAAUCGAAUAAAAAUUUAAAUAAUUA